AUGGUUUAUGAAAGAGGUCGAGUGAAGACGUGGAAGAGGAGAUGGUUCAUCCUGACUGACAGCUGCCUGUACUACUUUGAAUACACCACAGACAAAGAACCCAGGGGCAUCAUUCCUUUAGAGAACCUUUGUGUUCGAGAAGUACCGUAUCCUCGCAAACCUUACUGUCUGGAGCUGUUCAACCCAAACAGUCCAGGACAGAAGAUCAAAGCCUGUAAAACAGAGACGGACGGCAGAGUGGUGGAGGGCAAACACCAGUCCUACACCAUCUGUGCAUCCAGCGCAGAGGAGAGAGACUCCUGGAUCGAAGCCAUCAGAACCAGUAUCACCAAGGAUCCGUUCUACGACUUGGUCUGCGUUCGCAAGAAGAAGGUGAUAAACCAAACUCCGCAGGACUGAGGCGUCCACCGGCCCAUGGACGUUUACGCUCAAACCCGAACCCGAACCCUGUUCCUGUCCCUAACCCGAACCCAUGAACAGACGAUUAGGACUCAAACCCAACACGGACCCUGAGAAGUUCAGAACAGACACUGACAGGAGACCACCGAGUCCAAGGAGGACACCUGUGACCACGUAUGACAGUGUUCCAGGUCAGAUUUAGGACCACAUAUGAAAGUGUUCCAGGUCAGAUUUAGGACCACAUAUGAAAGUGUUCCAGGUCAGAUUUAGGACCACAUAUGAAAGUGUUCCAGGUCAGAUUUAG